AUGUAUGGAUUCGAAGAUGUUGAUUUCCUGGUGUUAGAGUCUGAAGCUUUGUUCAUUGGGAAAGCUGGAGAGGAAAAUAGGGGCCAAUUGUACUGUUUCGAAGAUCGUUGGAAUCUUCGUGUUGCUUUGAGGCCUGAGCUGGCUCCUUCACUAGCUAUGUUGGUCAUUCGGAAAGGAAAACCUGCACCUUUGCCAUUGAAAUGGUUUGCUGUUGGACAUUGUUGGCAGUAUGAGAGGAUGACAAGGAAAUGGACUCUCUCUCUCAUUUGUGAUCCGGUUUCACUCUCUAUCUUCUGUUUCGUUCUAAUGUUCUCUUCGACACAGCGUAUUCUAAAUCAAGCAUUUUUACUACUUGCAUUGUUUACCUACAUCAACUGA